AUGUUCCACUCCGACGUCACGCUAUACGAGCUCCUAGGAAAUAUGGGUCUAGUCAUCGUCUUCGACUGCAUGGAUGAGAUCGACGGAAACGAGGGUCUAGAGCGUAUAGGCAUACCGGGAAACUUCAACGCAGAACUUCGCCGCUGCAUCGAUGCGCUCUCAUCUCUGCGCAACCAAAAGCCUCGCCCUGUCACCUUCAAAUUUGAGGAUCAAACGGCAGGCGUACCCAGCAACAUCACCCACCUAUUUCGCUCGCUGAGCGGCCCGUUCCACGAACUCCGGCAGUUGGGUUUCGAUAUCAACAUCAGAUGUCAAACCAACGGCUUCCGCUGUGUAUGGGACAUGUCAGGAAAGUACAAUACUCACAGUCCUCACACGGACGAUGUCGGUAAGUGGACUCUGCGAGAUUGGAGCCUGAACUUCACGCGAGUGAACGAACAAUUCGAGGAAGCUCACUUGAUGGGCGAGACCUUCGUGUCUAAUCCAAAUGGGCCGCUCCGGGGGAGCUUUCGAAUCAAAAAGCAUGUAUGGGAGGCGAUGCGCAAGGAACUGUACCGCGCGUAUCCAGAGAUUGACAGUGUGGUGAAGUGGACGAAGAAUGAGAGAGGCCUGGUAGCGCCGGAUUUGUAG